GUAACGAGGUGCAGUCAAGACCCCCCAGGCUGGUUGUGCCCAAGGAACCCCAAGCCCACCACGUGGCCCUGAGGGGGGGCACCCUGCUGCUGGAGUGUAUCGCUGAGGGGGCUGGGUCUCUGGGUGCCCCCAGCCCCACUCCCGCUGUGCGCUGGCGCCGCCUGGGCGGCCGCUGGGACCCGGCGCGGGCGGCGCUGGAGAACCACAACCUGACGCUGCGGCUGCGGCUCGUGCGCGAGGCCGACGACGGCGACUACGAGUGUGAGGCGCGGAACGGGCGCGGGACGGCGGCCGCCACGCACCGGGUCACCGUGCAGGCCGCCCCGUACUGGCUGAAGAAGCCGCAGAGCCGCGUCUAUGGGCCGGGGGAGUCGGCCAGGCUGGAGUGUCGCGUGGGGGGCAAACCCCAGCCCCAGCUCAGCUGGAGCAUCAACGGCGUCCCCCUGCCCGCCGCCGGUGCGGGGCGCUGGGCCGUGCGGGACGGGGCGCUGCUGCUGGAGCGGCUGGAGCCCAACGACACGCUGGUGGCGCAGUGCCAGGCGCAGAACCGCCACGGGCGCCUCCUCGCCAACGCCUUCGUCUACGUCGCGGAGCUGCCGGUGCAGAUGCUGACGCCGCCGGCGACGCCGUACGAGGCCGUGGAGAACCAGACGGUGCUGCUGCACUGCCGCGCCUUCGGGGCGCCCACGCCCUCCAUCGAGUGGCUGACGCCGGGGCAGGAGCCAGCCCUGCAGGACGAGCGCAGCUUCGUGUUCACCAACGGGAGCCUUCGCCUGGGGCCGCUGACGCGGGGGGACGGCGGCGCCUUCACCUGCCGCGCCCACAACGGCCACAGCAACGGCAGCAUCCAGGCACUGCUGCACGUCAGAGCCGCCACCCGGAUCGUGGCGCCGCCGCGGGACGUCGUGGCCAAGCGAGGGCAGACGGUGACCUUCAGCUGUGGGGUGACCUUUGACCCCCAAGUGACCCCCCAAAACGUCCAGUGGCUCAGGAACGGGCAGCAGCUCCAGGACACCCCCGACAGCGACAAGUUCUCGGUGGCCGGGGACACGCUGACGGUGGCCGCGGUGGAUUAUCCCGACCAAGGCGCCUUCUCCUGCCGAGCCUGGACCCGGCUGGACGCUGCCCAGGCCCAGGCUCAGCUCAGGGUCGUGGGCCGCCCAGGGCCCCCCAGAGACCUUCAGCUCCUGGAGCUGGGCGAGAGGCAGAUUCGGCUCAGCUGGACCCCUGGGGAAGAGCACAACAGCCCUGUGGAGAAGUUCGUGGUGGAGGAGGAGGAGGCCAUCUUCAGCCCCGGCCGCUUCGUGGAGCGCCUGUCGGUGCCGGGGGACCGGAACUGGGUGGCGCUGCGCCUGUCGCCCUACGGCCGCUUCCGCUUCCGGGUGCUGGCGGCCAACGCCUACGGGCGGGGGGAGGCGAGCGCGGCCAGCGCCGCCAUCGAGAGCCCGGCCGCGGCCCCUGAGAGGAACCCUGGGGUCACAGGCGAAGGGAACGAGACCAACAACCUGGUCAUCAGUUGGGAGCCCCUCCCCCCGGGCCAAUGGAACGCGCCGGAGCUGCGCUACCGCGUGCAGUGGCGGCCGCGGGGGGCGGGGCCGUGGCACGAGCGGGUCGUGGGGACCCCCCCGGUCGUGGUUGGGGGGACCCCGACUUUCAGCCCCUACGAGAUCCGGGUGCAGGCGCUGAACGAGGCCGGCAAGGGGCCCGAACCCCAAAGUGUCGUCGGUUACUCGGGGGAGGAUGUGCCGCUGGUGUACCCCGAAAACGUGGGGGUGGAGAUUCUGAACAGCACCAGCGUGAGGGUGCGCUGGAGCCUCGGGGGGGGACCCCAAGAGCUCAGGGGGCACCUCAGGGGCUUCCGGGUGCUGUACUGGCGGGACGGGUGGGUGGGCGAGCGCAGCCGCCGCCACGCGCCGCCCCCUCCCCUCCCCCCCGUUGGGGUCCCCCCAGAAUUUGGGGGGCUCGGGGGGGGCCCCCCCGGGGUGCUGACGGUGCCGGGGGGGGCGUCAGGGGCCGUGCUGGGGGGGCUGAGGGCCCUGGAGCCGCUACAGCUGCGCGUUGGCGUCUUCAACGGGAGGGGCCACGGACCCCCCAGCGAGGAGAUUCGCUUCCACACCCCCGAGGGAGUGCCGGGACCCCCCGAGGAGCUGCUGCUGGAGCGGGUGGGGGAAACCAGUUUGGCACUGGAAUGGAAACGGCCCCGGCACCCCAACGGCAUCCUCACCGGCUUCCUGCUCCAGUACCAGCUGGUGAACCACUCGGAGGCGCUGCCGGACGAGCUGUUCUUCCCGGCCGGCACCUUCAACACCACCCUGGCCCGGCUGAGCCCGCGGGGCCGCUACAGCUUCGCUCUGCGGGCUCUGACCCGCCACGGGCCCGGCCCCCCCCUGCUGCGCCUCGGCAGCCUCCUGCCCGAGCCCGUGCUGCCUGUGCUGGGCUGGGUGGAGGUGGGGGAGGUGGGGGAGGAUUUCACGGUGCUGCGCUGGACCCUCGCCCACCCCCAGGCCAACAUCGAGUUCGAGGUCCAGUACAUGAGCAAAACCAGCGAGGAGCCGUGGCAGACGUCGGGCCGAGCCAACUCCUCGCUGGGGCUCUACCGGCUGGGGGAGCUGCGCCCAGGAACCUCCUACAGGGUGCAGUUCGUGGGCAGGAACCACUCAGGGGAGCGGGUGGCGUUCUGGGAGAGCGAGGUGCACACCAACGGCACCCUGCUGCCCCGUCCCGCCGGGGGCUUCGCCACCGAGGGCUGGUUCAUCGGCUUCGUGAGCGCCCUGGUGCUGCUGCUGCUGCUGCUCCUCAUCCUCUGCUUCGUCAAGCGCAGCAAGGGGGGCAAGUAUUCGGUGAAGGACAAGGAGGACACGCAGGUGGACUCGGAGGCGCGGCCCAUGAAGGACGAGACCUUUGGGGAGUACAGCGACGGCGAGGAGAAGGCGUCGGGCAGCUCGGGGCGCUCGGGGGGCGCGGGGCCGGCGCUGGGCAGCGACGACAGCCUGGCGGGGUACGGCGGCAGCGGCGACGUGCAGUUCAACGAGGACGGCUCCUUCAUCGGCCAGUACAGCGGCGCCAGGGGGGGCAGCUCCGGCCCCUCCAGCCCCACCGCGCCCCCCCCUAGACUAGGCACCCCCCAGCCCUCCUCAGCGACCCCCCAGCACCCCGAAAACCCCCCUGGACCCACCCCUCCGAGCAGGCAGAACAGAGCUGGGGAGUGUCUGAGGGGGUGGGGGUAAGGGGUGGGGGAUUGGGGUGAUGGGAACCCCCCCUAGAGACCCCCCCCAAAUUAAACCCCUCCCCUUCAAGACCCCCCACCCCCAAAAAACAGCCCCCCAGCACCCCAAAAACCCCCCUGGACAGACCCCUCCAACCAAGCAGAACAGAGCUGGGGAGUGUCUGAGGAGAUGGGGGUGAAAAGGGGGGCUGAGGGGGAUUGGGGUGAUGGGAACCCCCCUGGAGACUCCCCCAAAUCAAACCCCUCCCCUUUGAGACCCCCCAUCCCAAAUAAACACCCCCCCAAGCACCCCAAAAACCCCCCUGGACCCACCCCUCCGAGCAGGCAGAACAGAGCUGGGGAGUCUCUGAGGGGGUGGGGGUAAGGGGUGGGGGGAUUGGGGUGAUGGGAACCCCCCCUAGAGACCCCCCCAAAUUAAACCCCUCCCCUUCAAGACCCCCCACCCCCAAAAAACAGCCCCCCAGCACCCCAAAAACCCCCCUGAACCGACCCCUCUGAGCAAGCAGAACAGAGCUGGGGAGUCUCUGAAGGGAUGGGGGUGAAAAGGGGGGCUGAAGGGGAUUGGGGUGAUGAGACACCCCCUGGAGUCCCCCCCAAAUUAACUCUCUCCGCUUUGAGACCCCCCAUCCCAAAUUAAACCUCCCCAGCACCCCAAAAAUCCCCCUGGACCGACCCCUCCGAGCAGGCAGAACAGAGCAGGGGUGGGGGUCUCUGAGGGGGUGGGGGGUGAAAAGGGGGGCUGAGGGGGGAUUGGGGUGAUGGAACCCCCCCCAAAUUAAACCCCUCCCCUUCAAGACCCCCCCACCCCAAAAUAAACCCCCCCCAGUACCCCAAAAACCCCCCUGGACCGACCCCUCCAACCAACCUAAACACAGGGAGGGGGGCAUUGGGGGCCCCUAAUGCCACUGGGGACCCCCCCCCCAUGGUACUGGGGACCCCCAAAUUGGACUGGAGACCCCUCCAUGGCAUUGGAGACCCCCCCCCAUGGUACUGGGGACCCCCCCAUGGUACUGGGGACCCCCAAAUGGGACUGGGGACCCCCCCAUGGCAUUGGAGCCCCCCCAAGUGGGACUGGAGACCCCCCCCCCAUGGUACUGGGGACCCCCAAAUGGGACUGGAGACCCCCCCCAUGGCAUUGGAGCCCCCCCAACUGGGACUGGGGACCCCCAACUGGAGCCCCCUCCCCAUCAAUUGGAGCCCCCCCCCCAGUUAUUCCCCCUCCCCCAAUAUAUC